AGGCUGCAGCUCGGUGUGGGCCUAUUCAGACGUGCGUAAAGCCUGAAGGUCGGAGAGCUGCGUGCGUCAGAUCCACUGCAGGCUACUGAGGCGGCAUCAGCUUGAGCAAGGCAUUUCUCUUUUUACCCCGACAAACCUUCAGGGGGCUUUUAGCAUUUGUUCAGUCUGCAGUCUCUGGAAAACAUCUGAUUCAUUUUUUAACCAGUCCCAGAUGCGCCAGUGUGAGAGUGUGUGUGCAUGAGCGCGGCAGUGCGAGUUUUGUCAGCGCAUGAGAAUUUGGGGAGAAUAUCUGCCGUCUAGAGAAGGGGAGGGAGACAAGUAUCGUGUGGAUUUUUUUUUUUAUAAUAACUUUUUUAGGUAUGAACGCAGACACGUGCGUCUCAUACUGCGAUAUGACAUCGAUGGAUUCUUAUUAUAGCACAUCUACUGCGCAAGGUAGAGAUCACCAAGCGACUUUUCCGACCACUGAAACCAAAUACAGCACCACGUUCAUUCCGGGGAAAGGGCAGGCUUACGGAGAGAAGUCCCGGAGUCCUUUCCAGCCAGAGUGCCACUCGCUGGAUGGCGCUGAGGAGGGCACCUUCAGCAAAUACCAGCUCUUCAUGCAGCGACCGACCUGCAAAACUCCACCCGAAGGCAGCAAGUUGCACCCGGACAGCGGACACAACGGAACCCUCAUCUCCUGCUAUGGAAAAGACAACAGCGGCCUGACAGAGUCUGAGUUGCCCCCGAGCGUCAACCCUCCUGGGAUGGAAGGCAGCUACCUGAACCUGAAGGAACCCGGCGUGAAGGGGCCGAGCGAGCGCCCAGGGUCGGACCUCUCCAGCCCUCUGGACAAAAGUGAGGCAGAGAGCAACAAAGGCAAGAAGAGACGCAACCGCACCACAUUCACCAGCUACCAGCUGGAGGAGCUGGAGAAGGUUUUCCAGAAGACACACUACCCAGAUGUUUAUGCCCGCGAGCAGCUGGCACUGAGGACAGACCUGACGGAGGCUCGUGUACAGGUGUGGUUCCAGAAUCGCAGAGCCAAGUGGAGGAAGAGGGAGCGUUUUGGCCAGAUGCAGCAGGUCCGCACGCACUUCUCUACUGCAUAUGAGCUGCCUCUGCUCACUCGGCCCGAGAACUACGCACAGAUCCAGAACCCUUCGUGGAUUGGGAGCAGCAGCGGAGCGUCUCCGGUGCCUGGCUGCGUCGUUCCUUGUGACUCCGUUGCCUCCUGCAUGCCUCCUCACCCCCAUGGUCCCGGAGGCGUCUCUGACUUCCUGGGUGUGCCCAGCCCGGGGAGCAGUCACAUGGGACAGACACAUAUGGGCAGCCUGUUCGGGGGUGCUGGGAUUGGCGGGGGAAUCAAUGGCUAUGAUCUCAAUGUUGAUCCAGACCGCAAGUCCUCCAGUAUAGCUGCGCUGCGUAUGAAGGCCAAGGAACACAGUGCAGCCAUCUCCUGGGCUACAUGAUGCCCCGGCCCACUUGCACCCCACCCCCACGUGGAGCACGCUUUGGAGCAGCCAUCAGCGAGCACUGUGGGGGACGAGGGGAUUUUCCUGAGAGCACUAGUGAUAACACAGGUCAAAUGAACAGGGAGAGACUGUGGAGAUAACAGAGGCCAUUACAGCGACCAACGCAACCAAGAUAACUGUGACUAUGACAAUCAGCAGAUGCUGAAAGUGAGAGAGGUGUGACUCAGAUGAUGUUACUAGAUGUUCAUCCUUGAUUCCUUGAUCGCUCAGGUCUCAUUGAAAUAUGGGGUUUACACCGCAAUAAACUGGGUAACAUUCAUACUGAUGAAAGGUUUCAGUUAAAUAAGCAAACACAAACAUGGUUUACAAAAUAUCUUCAUACAAUAUAUGAAUUCAAUGCCAAACCCAGCCAUAUCAUGCAAUAUCUUCAUUUACACGACUGAGCUUGGUCCACAUUGUCUACUUCCUUCAUCAUGUUUUAUGUACCAUCCAUCCUGCCACACUCGCAUCAUUUAUGCGACUGCCACUUCAGACUCGUCUCUCAUACUGUAAAAAGGAGUAUAUUUCUGAAAAAUGUUUGCAUUUUUAAAGCUUUAAAAAAAAAAAAAAAAGUCCACUCAAUGAAAUCUCCAAUGCGAAAAAAGUGCUGAAAGUUUUUUUUUUUUUUUUUUGUCUCUUUCUAGUGCAAACUAAAAUUCUAAAAGAAAACACUAAUGUUGUCUGAGCCUGUUGGGAACAGUUUAUGUUCCUGCAAAGGACAGAGAUUUAAUGCAACAAGUGAAUGGUGUUCAAUUGAGCAAGAACAGAUAUGGGCUCCAAGUUUAGCCUGGGUGGAGGGCAGGUAUUGGAUUGGCAGCAAUCUCAAACCAACUUGUCAUUUCCUCUCGCAGGGCUGCCUCCACAGGUUCCCCUACUAGGCUCAGGCCUCAGGUUACAGGAAACACUGUCUCCACUGGCAGACAAGGCGCAGCAAUGCACAGCAGCAAAUGCACAGCAGCAAUGCACAGCAGCAACCUUCAACACCGUCUUACCAGGCCUGCUUCAAUCAGCAACCAACACGACUAGACACACUUAAUUACCGUCAACGUGAGCCGUCCUGCCCUUCAAACACCACAGAGCAUCACAGCGUGUAUGCUGAGCACAUACUGCACACAUGCUGAAAUAAUCAAUGCAUGGUCAGAAGUGGGCUCAGCAGAGAUGAGUCUUGGAUUGGUAGUUUGCACACAGAACCCGUCACAUGCCAGAGACUGCAGGCCAAAUCAGUGGCCCUAAUCGUCCUGAACAGCGUUCUGCAAUGUUCGGGUAAUGUGAUGACAUUAGAGCUGGACUGCAGGAAUGUGGUGAGCAUGACCAGUGAUUGCAGGGGUAUCUGCCUGUGUUACCCCGUCGGGAUAGGCUUGUCACCAGAGCUGGGCUCCAGGCUGAGGGCUAGAGACAGGCUUCAUUAGUCUUUUGGCUGAUCCUUCUAUGACGCCUUCUGGGCUACAUAUCCGUUUUCUUUCCCUUGUGUGGAUGAUGGCAGGAAAAUCCAAUAUGACGUCUUUCAAUAUCCUGUUGCCCAAAACCCAAAGAAAAUCUGUUUAUUGGAAUGAAAGAAAAGGAAAAAAGGCAAAUUGAAGAGCGUGGUUGGCAUUUUUUGUUUAAAAAAUGACUUCAGAUGAUUAACUCCUUUUAAAUAUAUAGAAAUUGUUGAUGAAUUUUCUGACAAGCCAAUUGCUGCAGUUCUAUCUUAAAAUCAAUAAAACUCUUCCUUUAAACUGCAGAUUUUUUUUCUUUAUUUGUAAAAGAAAGGUUGCUUAAUGAUCUCUACUAGCACUGAAAAGUUCCUUCAGCCAGGAUAUAAAUUGUACCAAUGAAGCCUUCCCCCAUCUACACUCAGUACGUUAGGUGACAACAGGUGAUUACUUCGAUGCUUACGCAGUCUCUAUAUUCCUCACAGAGGGAUUUUCUGGAUGUACUCAAAUAAAUGUCAACUAAUGAAGAGACAAAGGCCUUAAAAAAUGACCAAAGAUCAAAAUAUUACCAUCAAAAUGUAAAGAUGAAAGAAGGACGUUGUCUAGAAAAAUGAAUGCAUAGCUUCACGUAUGGCACAGGUUGACUGUGUGCCGCUGGUCCUCUCAGUGCUUCACUCCUCUGCAGCUCCGUCCAUGUUGAUACUACUGAAAUAAAGCAAUUGAAAUCCAUGUUUUUAAUGUUGUAUUGUGUGAAUGUGAACAAUAUGAAUUAUAUUGUUCUUUUGCUUGUACAUUUGUUUGCUUACUUGUCAAAUAAUGGACCUCCAGAGAUAAACCAAUGAUGUAUUACAGCAACAUUGCCAAGAAAUGUAAAGUUUUAUUAUGUGUGUUAUUUGGAAUAGGAGCUCUGGACUUUUACCAAGGUUGAAAUUGCUUUCUAAUUUUUUUUUAUGGCUUUAAGCAGCUUUUUAUAUAUUAAUCAAGUAUUUCUAAUUCUGAUUGUGCCAAUGCAAUAAGUUAUUGCACUUACAGUGUUGGAGAAGUGUUUUUUAAAAAUAUUUUUGACUUCCACUGGGCCUCUUUUCCAAAGCCAGAGGUUGCGUGGCUUUUUGUCCCAGCAGUUGAAAACUGUCUCCUAAGCCCGUCCAUAUUUAGCACCAUGAACAGCAUGACUGAGGUCUGCUCAAGGUGCUGGACAUUUGUUUGUACAGAAGUAACUUGCCGUUUCUGUGGAAGAUGGUUUUGAAGUGAUUUUGAAAUAAAUGGAUCUCCAAUGGUUGAA